AUGUCUUCUUCUACUUCGAGCUCAGGGGCUAUUGUUGAGCCAACAAAGGUUGAUAUGAAAACCUUCCUGGGUGUCAUCUGGGGAGGUUUCGCGAUAGCUGCAAUUUGCAUGGCCCUACGGACAUUCUCUAGAAUCAAGACCUUCAAAAGUCUCUAUAACGACGAUAUCUUUGCCUUUCUAGCCUUGGCUCUCGCACUUGCCAGUGCAAUACUAUGGCAGAUUCAUGCCCAGGCGAUGUUCGACCUCAUGGCCGUGUCAGCUGGGAUCAAAAUGCCUGGAGCAGAUUUCGUUACCAACAGUGAGGCUUAUUCCAGAGCAUCUGGAGUCGUCAUCAUCCUCUUUUACUCCACUUUGUGGUCUGUCAAGUUCUCUUUCUUGCUCUUCAUUCGACGACUUGGAUCGCAUGUUGCAAAGGUUGAAUUCCUAUGGUGGCCAAUCACUGUUUUCACUAUCUGCACCUACUUUGCUUGUAUUGGAACAAUUCAAUAUCAUUGUUUGUUUGUUCCAUUGACUACAAUCGAAACGAAAUGUACAACGGACUCUGCGGUAAACUUCCAACAGAUUACUUUGAAGUUAAACUGUGUUUGGGAUGUGGUUUCUGAUGCUUUGAUCAUGGUUAUUCCAAUCAGUAUGCUGUGGGGUACACAAAUGAAGAUGAAGAGAAAGAUUGCUUUUGGUAUCAUCUUCUCUCUAGCUCUUAUCACAGUCAUCUUCGCCAUCGUGCGAACUACAGUCGUCAGUUCAUUGACCCGUAUGCCUGAUACUUCUUGGCUCUACAUGUGGUCCGCGAUCGAGACUACAAUCGCAAUCGUGGUUGUCUGCCUUGCCUCUAUUCGCGGUCUCUUCUCCAAGGAAGAAAAUGUCAAACCAUCCAAAUAUACUCCACCAAAGAGCUCCGAAAUCUACCCCAAGAACAGCAGAAAAAAUAGAUUGAGGGUAACACUUGAUACAUUUACCGGUCGAGACAGCUAUAUGCGAACGGGGGAUUCGAAGAAUAGCCAGAGUCCUACCGAUGGAGGAAGCAGUGUAACAAGCGAGCAAAACAUUCUUCCAUUGGAUAAUGUCAGGGUCAAGCAACGAUAUGAGGUUACUCAUGAGCUCGCAACGACACCAGAGCGCGAGAGAACUUACCAUGAACACGUUUAA